UUUAAGUCUCAGAUUAGAGUUAUGGAGGAUCAAACUGAGUUCUCAACGAGAUGGAAACGGUAGUUCAGACGAGCAUAGGCCAGGGUAAAACACAGUUUGAUCGCCCACGACCAAGUGCUGAUUCUUGUGUUUCAGAGGGUCUGUCCUUGACCCUGUUUUACACUGCACCUAGUGUAGUCUAUGCUUUGGCUGAGGAGCUAGUGACUAAGGCGAUGCGUGUACUAAGGCUGCACUAUAUCCCUCCCACGCUAAAUACGGAACCCCAACUUCCACUUUUGGACAACUAAUAGGUGAAAUAAAAUCCCUCACCUUAAAUGUCUGCCCUAAUUUUGGGGUAAUCGACAACACUACUGUUCAACUGAAUGUCGUUGUAGAAAGCACAAGGGAGGUGUAGCUUAGACACCCUGGCGUUCC